AUGAAGAGACAAAAUAUCUAUUCUUUUAUUUUAUUAUUAAAUAUUGGUUUAAAUCUCAGUUGUAAUAUUGAAUUUGAUAAAGUUGAUAAAUUAAAUAUAUAUCGUGAUGUAUAUGAACGAAAUAUAUUUAAUAUAAGUGGUCAACUUAAAUAUUGUCCAUCAUCAAUAAUUGUACGAAAUAUUUCUCUAUUAAAUCCAUUACUUAAACGUUUAAGUAUUAUUAAUUUAACUUAUUUUAUUGAAACACAUCAUAUUAAUAUAACAGCAUUUGCCAGAUUAAUUGGUUUUGCACCAUUAACAAUUCAACUUUAUUUACAAAAUCAAACUGAUUAUAGAUCAAUUGAAUAUUCAAUAAAUAAUGGUACCUUUGAACAAAUAAAAUGUUCAAAAUCAUCAUUAAAUCAUAAUGAAAUUGUUGAAAAUUGUCAAAUGCUUAAAUAUGAAAAUGGAUAUUAUAUAUUAAGACAAACAAUAAAUAUAGCUGUAAAACGACAUCAAACAAUAAUUGAUUUCUUAUUUACAUCUGUUGUUAUGUUUCUUGUUACUACUGGAAUAUUAUGUAUUGGAUGUGGUUUAGAAAUUGAACAAUUAAUUAAAAAUAUUCGACAACCAUUACCUUUAAUUGUUGGUCUUAUAUGUCAAAUUAUUUAUUUACCAUUAUUAUCAUUUAUUAUUAAAAAAAUAUUUCAAUUAGAUAAUUCAACAAGUUUAGGUUUACUUUCAACAGCAUCAAGUCCUGGUGGUGGUUCAUCAAAUAUAUAUACAGCAUUACUUUCUGGUGAUGUUGAUUUAUCAGUAACAUUAACAUUUAUGUCAACAACAUUUGCAUUUGGUACAUUUCCAUUUUGGGUAUGGAUACUUGGAAAAAAUUAUAUAGAUUUUAAACAAGUUAAAUUUCCAUGGUGGAAUAUGUUUAUUUCAUUAAUAUCAUUAUGUAUUCCAGCAUUAACUGGACUUUUACUUCGACGUUAUCGACCAGUUUUAGCUCAUCGUAUUGGAAGAUUUCUUAAUCCUAUUGCUAUUGGUUAUCUGGUAUUUAUUCUUACAUUUGGAGUUUAUAUAAAUAUGUAUAUAUUUCAUAUAAUCGAUUUAAAAUCCAUAAUAGCUUGUUGUUUUUUACCAUGGUUUGGUUUUAUAGGUGGUUCAAUUGUAUCAUUAAUAUUAAUAAGAGAUAAAAAGAAAAUCAUAGCUAUUUGUAUUGAAACAGGUGUUCAAAAUACAGGUGUAGCUAUUGUUUUUCUUCGUUUAACAUUUCCACAACCUGAAUCUGAUGUUGCAUUAGCAAAUCCAAUACUUGUUUCAAUGGCUAUACCAAUACCAUUUCUUAUUUUAUUUAUUACAAGAUCAAUUAUGAAAAAAUUUCUUUUUUGUCGAAAAUUUUUACCACAAAACAAUGAAAAUAAUAUUGAAAAUGAAAAACCAGAAAAAAAUCUUAUUAAACAAUUAUUAAAUGAAACAAAUAAUGAAGAAAAACAACAACAAGAACAACAAAUUGGUCAGAUAAAUUAA